GGCUCGCUAAUAAUCAUCACAUGGGCAACCACAGAAUCUCGUAAGAAAAAUCAGAUACAGCAGCAUUGCUGGACCAGUCAAACUUGAUGUAAAUCAGCAUUUUAAGUUGUUCAACACGAAGUGCAAUUGACGAAAGCCGCCUUUAGUGUGACUAAACGUGAGAUUUUGAUUCAAAAAUUUUUGUGGAGUAAAAAAGUGAAGAUUUAUGAUUGUGUGAUCAAAGGGAAAAAAACUAUUUUUCAGUGUGAAAAUAUGGAAGCGGAACAGGAAAAGAGCGCAAAAACGAUUCAAUGGAGAGAGUUGGGCAUCCUGGGUAAGCUCCAGUACAUUUGGAACAAUAUGACUGUGGAGCCUCUCCUGGCGCUGUACAUAAUGCCCAGCAUCCUUUCGGCUCUGGCCACGCAGAAUCUCAACUUGGAGAAGGCGUGCCGCGUGAAUCUGGCCUACGGAGACGAGAUUUGCGACGCUCUGUCGCGUCGAGACACCGCCAAUUAUACUCAAGAGGAGCAGGUGGUGCAGCAAAUCGUAGCGAAGAUGGCUGGGUGGAAAACCAUCCUCCAAAGCGCACUGCCGUGUCUCCUCAUCCUCUUCUGGGGCUCCUGGAGCGAUCGCCACGGACGCCGGAAGCCCUGCAUGCUGAUCCCCAUCGUGGGAGAGCUCCUGUCCGCGCUGGGCCUCAUCCUCUGCACCUACUUCGAGUGGCUGCCCAUGGAGGCUAGUGGAAUCACUGAGGCCCUCUUCCCUGGCCUCACCGGCGGCUGGUUCACGCAGAUGAUGGGCGUCUUCAGCUACAUCGCCGACAUCACGGACGAGGAGAACAGAACGCUGCGAGUCGGCAUUGUGCAUCUCUGCGUGAGUCUGGGCUUUCCUCUGGGAAUGGCUCUAAGCGGAAUAUUACUUAAGGUAGUAGGAUUUUACGGGAUAUUCUCCAUCUCGUCCGCAAUGUACUCAAUCGGCCUCCUCUACGGCAUUUUUUGCGUGAAAGAGCCCAAAAAGGACAUCAAACCACCCAAGAAUGCCGGCAAGAAUGCUCUAAUGGACUUUUUCGACAAGGCGCACGUGAAGGAAACUUUCACGGUCGCCUUCAGCGGUCGCAAUCGGAUCCGAGUUCUCAUGCUGAUCGUCGUUGUGAUGGUCGUCAUUGGGCCAAUGCACGGCGAAAUGUCAGUCUUCUACCUGUUCACAAGAUACCGCUUCAAUUGGAGUGAGGUCGAGUUCAGCUUCUUCUCCACCUACAGCAUGAUAACACACUUUAUCGGCACCUCAUUCAGCGUGGGAGUCUUCUCGCGCCUCCUCAUGCUCGAUGAUGCGCUAAUUGGGGUAAUUUCUUGCAUGUCGAAGAUACUCUCGUCCUUUAUGUAUGCAUUCGCCGUGACGGAGUGGCAACUGUAUUUGGCGCCCAUCAUUGAGUUCCUCAACGGCACCAGCUUCAUUGCAAUGCGAUCAAUUGCAUCGAAACUCGUGUCCACCAGUGAAUUGGGAAAGCUCAACUCUCUGAUAGGAGUUGCUGAAGCUCUCAUGCCUUUAGUUUAUGCGCCAAUGUAUACCAAUGUUUAUGCGGCUACAAUGAAGAGCUUUCCAGGAGCUUUCUUCGUCCUCGGAGGCGUUUUGACUCUUCCCGCCGUCUUCAUAUUCUGCUUUAUGUACAAAUUGCACAAGAAUGAUAAAAUCCAGAGUGCGAACGAGAAACCAGAAAAUGGACAAACUUCCAUUGCCGACAAUGCCAAUGGCAAGACCUAUCUUUCCUACGAUAAUCCGGGAUUUAUGAAAGAGAAAUCAAUUGACAUUGUGCGUGUUGAGCACUUGGAGCAAUCGAGACUGUGAUAUUUAAUAUGUAUCUCUUUAUAUACACUUUUACCAUGUUUAUCAACUCUCAACUCUUUAGGGAAUAAAAAGAACACCUCAUCGGAUGUAUUGUGUGAAAAAAGGUCUUUUAAUAAA